CCGAUUGCUUUCACGAACAAUGUACUACGUUGUCCAUUCGUAAUGCAUUUUCAGCAAACUGGAAUUUUAUUUGCGAUUGUGAUCAUUGCAUUAAAGCUAUCUGCUUACAACGCCUGCUCCAUAGGGGUUGUAAAUGGAUCUGAAAAAUGCUGCACAAACUACAUCAAAGUUGAUCACACCUGUCAAGUUUGCCCAUCUGGAUAUUUCGGAGAAAGCUGUUCAUCGCCAUGCAACUAUCCUGCCUUUGGAUUCCGUUGCUUAAGUAAUUGCUCAUGUUCAUCUACCAACUGUAACCAUGUAACUGGAUGUGUUUAUACUACAGAGUAUCCUCUAGGACGACGAACCAAGACAAAAUCAUCAAACGACUGCGGAAAUGGGGAAACAAGUGAACAUGGAAAAUGCUGCACAAACUACUACAGAACAAACAAUGUUUGCCUAGAAUGCCCUCUCGGACAUUUUGGUGAUAAUUGCUCAUCCACCUGCAACUAUCCAUCGUUUGGAUCCAAGUGUCGAGAAAACUGCAAUUGUUUAAUUGAUAAGUGCGAUUACAGAUACGGCUGUCGGGUAACGGAGAGACCGGAGCUAUGGCCGACAACUGGAUCAACACCGGAAUACAAAUCAACACCUGGGACCGAAAGUGUACAAAUCAUUGUAUCAUCUGAAAGUGGUAACAGUGCUGCAAAUAUUGAUUCAAGUUCUAAUAAUUUACCUAUAGUCAUAGUAAUAGGGUCGCUGAUAGUAUGUGUCAUAGUUAUGAUCAUUAUACACGCAUUAUUGAAAUAUCUAAGACGUAUCUUUACUAUUCAAGAUGAUACUGAAGCUUCAGUUGAUGUCUAUAUGGAAAUCUCUGAUAAUAUGGUCUUAGGGCAGGGGGGUGUUUCUAACGAAGCAAAUGUUCGCGAAGCUCUUGAAAUGCCUGUCAUCGAACAGCCAGGGCCUUCUAAUAACGACCUAGCAUUUGUGGUCAGUGCGGAUGAAGAUAUGGCAGACUACGUCUACAGCGAAGUGAAAAAGAAACCGAAGCACGAAGUGACAUGUGACAACAAGCCCAUUGAAAGCGAGAAACCGAAAAUGAACCUCGUUGACAGUCAUGACACGUACUGCGACGUGAGUGAUAUUCAGGAAAUGAACGAGUCUGACGAAAAUGGCUACCAGGAUACACCACUUGUCCAGGACGUAGAUGGAGGGGAAGCAUCACGGGGAGUAGCCAUUAGCAAUGAGUAAUCCUUUUUUGCCCAUGUUGGAUUUUUAUUUUAAACAUAUUUUCAAAAUUGACUCUCCUCCCGAAAGGGGACCAACAAUGAAAAUUUCUCUCUCAACAAAGUGGGCGAAUUGUUGGAGUGUGUCUAUAAAAAUAGUGUAAAUACUAAUCAUCUUAAAUUGCACUACUCUAUAUAUACAUAAUUACGAAUGUUGUAAUUUCACGUCUUAGAUUUUAAAGCAAUAUUUGGGGAUUAUGUAGAUAUGAGAGGCAUAUUAUCCGAUGCUUUUACGUCGGGUUUCUGGCUAAAUUUGAAAAUUAAAUUUGCUGUAAAUGACUUAU